AUGAUAACUAAUCCUGGAAUUGUAAAAUAAAAAUUACUAGAGAGUAAAUCUACUCACACUCCUCAUACUUAAUCAACAUUUCAUAGCCCAACAAAUUCUAGAACAUUGUAAACAAAAGUUAUUUAUCUUAGAGGAUUCUUUAAUAAAGAAUUAAAAAAAAUACCAGAGUCAAAUAAGCUUUAACCAUUCUCUGUUGAAAAAUAAAGUCAUUCAGCCACUUCAUCAUGUCAUACUUUUAUGACUCAGUUUGAAUGUGCUAAAAAAGAUAAUAGGGUAAUUUAAUUUGGAAAAAUAAAAAACCGUAAAUAAGUGACAUUAUUUAACAAUGAAGAUUUUAUAUCAGAUGAUAUCCUUGAAUUGUAUAAUGAAUAUUAGAAAAAUUAUUUAACUUUAAAUAAGAUAGACAAAUUUAUUGAUAUAUAAAUAUCCUAAAUGCAUUAACCAUAAUUUACAAUAAAAACUCAAGAGUUUGUAUCUAUCAGUGAUGAGAAAUUAAAAUUAAAUGAUUUAAGUAAAUUCAAUAAGGUUAAAAUAUAGAGAUUUAAAUUCUAUUAUUUUAGAAUAAAAAUAAAAGGUAGAUUAUCACCAGCUCAAAUAGUAUUGAAUUGUCCAGAUAGAGUUUAAAGUUCAAAUAUUAGAAUGUUUAUAUCAUUAAAAGCCGAAUUUCCUACAAAAUUUAAUUGUGAAUAAAUAAUAUAAGCAAAAAAUGCAAAAAUGUAUGCUGAUCAUAAUCAACCAUAUUUUUCAAAGGAAUAUUUAUAUAUAACAAUAUAUUCAGACAUAGAUUUCGAAGUAAAAAUUGAUAUAAUAUUUGGGAAUCCAAUAUAAAAGAUUGCAGUACGUAAAUAAUAAAUAGAAGAAGAUAUAUUGGAUAUUCGUCCAUAAACACAAAGAGUUAUAAGAAAUGAUAAGAUUAAAUAUAAUUUGGAUAUGAAACAAUAUUUGUAAAAGAUGAGAAAUAAUGAAUAGAAUAAGGUAAAUAUAUAAAUAAUGAAAGUUAGAGAGAGAGUAGAAAUAAUAAUUAGUUUCAAUGAAUAAAAAAAUAAUUUAAGAAGAAAAAUAAGUUGAUAAAGUAUGUAAAGUGUUAGCAAGAGAAUCAAUAAAUUAAUAUAGAGAAAUAGAGAAAAUAAUAAAAAAGAGAAGAGAAUAAAUAAAAAUGUUUUAAUAAUAUUGGUGUUAAAUAAUAAGUUUAUUUGAUUUUUGCAAGGAAGUGAAAUCAAAAUUAGAAGUAAUUAGAAAAUUCAUAAAAGGACAUUAAAAGACAUAAGAAAGCGUAAGCAAAAGGAAAAUUAUUGGUUUGGCAAUUAAAAACAAUGGCAUUAAUGAAAGUUUAAGUAUAUGGAUCAACUCCAAAAGAGAGAACAAUAUUUAAAUCAAAAUUAAUAUUAUAAUCAUAUGCUUUGUAUAUAAAGAAGAAAACAAAGUUAGUAGCUGAAGAGGUUCUUACUCGUUUUAUAAAAAAGAUAUUAUUAUAUCUAACAACGUUAAAUAAAUAAUAAAGUUUAAUAAAGAAAGGUAUAGAUAUAUUUAAUAGAUUAAAGUGAAAACAAUAUAGAGAAAGUUUAGAAGUUUGAAAUAGAAGAAAAGAAUGUUUAGAGAUAAAUUUUGGAAAUAUAUUAAAGAUAAUAUAACAAAUAUUGUAUUUUAAUUAAGAAGGUAGAAAGAUGUAAGAAAUUUGUUUAGUGAUGGUAAAAAGCCUGCAAUAAUAAUUGAUGUGUAAAUAUAUAUAUAUAUAUAUUUAGACAUUUAAUGUAGAGUUUGAUUGAUGAUUAUUGUGAGAAAGCAAGAUAAAGAUGGAUGAAUUAUAUAAAUAGAACAUUUAAAGAAAAAAAUAGGUCUAAGGUAAUUUAUGUAUAAUAAUAAAUUAGAAAAUUUAAAAUGUAGCAUUAAAUUUCACUGAGCCUAAAUUGUAUGACAUGCCAAAUGAAUACGAAUUAACUUAAUUAAUUGAUCAAUAUGCUAAAAUAAAAAAAUUAUAUUGA